AUGCACUCGACGGAUCCUGGGAAUUGUCGAAAGAAUGGUGGUUAUAUUGGACCGCCGAAGCAUUUUCCUUCAACCAUUUCUCCAAUCAAUCCGAAGCCAUCACAACCUCAGUUCGAUGACGAACAAAUGAAUCUACUGAAAUCGAUUAUCAACCAGUCUAAAAUCGUUCCCAUGAUGCCACGAGACACGAAACACUUGUGCCACGUGUUCAAGGAGGAAUAUGGCUCCGAGAAGACUGUAGAGGAGCUCUACUUUGGCCCAGAUUUCUUGAUUUUUGAGUUUAUCCACCGAGUAAUGGGUUCGAAUAUUGUACUGAAUAAAGACCCACUGAUAAAUGCUCAAACUUUGCACGAUUUGUUAUAUAUGACAAGUGUAGUGGUGUACGAGCCCGUUUUCAAAUGGCUUGUCGACGCUGGUGUCAAAGUGUUUCUGAACACCGAUCGAAAGUUAUUGUUGGAGGAGCAUAUGAACACGGACCACAGCCACGUGCACUGCUGGAGCCGGAAACGUCGUGACUAUUUCAUUUAUUUGGACGAACAGGAGAAGAAGCUUCUUGAAGGAGCGACUGACAAAUCUGGUGAAGUGGAUCAGGCCGAAGAUUUGGAAGAAGAAGAGGAAAUUGCUUCAGAGAGCGGAGAUCAAGUGUUCUCGCCAGUGCCUUCUUGGAAUUCGCCGCCAAGUUCAAAUUCUUCUCCGAUGUGGAAAUGACCACUGACUUCGAAUUCUUCGAGAAUUUCGAAUUCGCCGCCAAGUUCGGAAUCCUCUUUAACCUGGAAAUCGUCGCCAAGUUCCAAUUCAUCUCCAGAUCCAACUCCAGAAGAGCAUAUUGAUAAAGAAUGGAGCUCUACCAAUUCUGCCAGUAUCGGAGCGCUCGUGAGACCUAUGACGUCACAAAAUUCGAAAAAAUCGAAAAAUUCGGGUGUCACUGAUUAUAUGAAACGAAAAUUUCCUGCCGCAUCAUCCAAGCCUCGUGGCGAUGCUCUCGAGAGCACUGUGACUCCUGAAAAGCGAGAAAUUCCAGCUCAAACAUCGAGCUCUACACCACUAUUUUCGAGAAUUUUUGAAAUGUUUGGGGAUCACUCAAAAUCUCCAACUUCUUCUCAAAAUGUCUCGGAUUCUUCCACGAAAAGUCGUCCAGAAAUUCAAAUUUUGACAAAAAAUCCGGUUUCUGCUCAAAAUGGCUCGGAUUUGCACGGAACUUCCACGCAAAGUCGUCCAGAAGCUCAGAAAACUCCAGUUUCGACGCGAAAAUUCGUCCCACAAGCUUCGCUACCAACGAAAAUAUGGAAAUAUCCAGUUUCUACUCUGAACCGACCGGAUAUUUCGAGAAAAUCAGACAAAAAUCGUCGAGAGGGAGAAAUUGUGCAGAAAAGAUCAGCUUUCGUUGAGAAUCCAUCGAAAAUUCCGCAAAAUUCUGCUACAUUGAAGAGAGCUGGUUCAGCUGCUCAAAUUCCGGCGAAAAAUCCGGUUUCUGCUCAAAAUCGCUUGGAUUUGCAAGAAAUUCCAUCGAAAACUCCGAAAAAAUCGGUUAAGGCGGAGAAAAAUGCUCAAAACUUGGCGGAAAAUCUACAAAAAAGCGUCAAAACCGUUCCAGUGACUCAAAUUUCAUCGAAAACCACAGUUUCUGCUCGAAAUCGCUUGGAUUUGGACAAAAUUCCAUCGAAAACUCCGCAAAAACUGGUUAAGGUGGAGAAAAAUAGCUCAGAUGCCCCGAAUUCGUCAGGAAAUCCAGUUUCUGCUCAAAAUCGCUCGGAUUUGCAGGAAAUUCCGCGAAAAUCUGUCACUUUGGAGAAAAGUGCUCAAAAGAGCGUCGAAAUGGCACCAGAGGCUCCGGAAACCCCACUAAAAACCAUUUCUCAAGAGAAAAAUCGCUCAGAAUCUCACAAUUUGCCUGAAAAGUCGGCUUCUACCCAACGUCCAACGAUUACUCUCCAAGAAUCCUUAAAUUUGUCGAAAAUUACGCCAGAAUCUCAGUUUUCAACUCAAAAUCUCGCGAUUCUACACACAAUUCCAAUGAAAAUCUCGGAAAUAUCGAAAAGUCCAGCUGCUUCUACCCAAAAUGAUACGGAUACGCCGAGAAUUUGGCUGCAAUUGGAUCGAACUCAACCGAAGGCCAUUAAAGUAGAAGAAGAACCAACGGAUGUGGUGGAGCCAGAAGCAGCUGAAAUUCCGCUGGAAACUGGGAAUUUGGAGGCUUCAAGCGUCGAGCAGGAUGCUGAAAAUGCUGAAAAUCCAGAAGAUCCAGGAGAUUCAGAUCCGCCGAAUUUGGAUCCAGAAAUGGAAAAAUGUAUGGAUUUUCUCGUGGAAAUCAUCGAUAAUUUCACUGAUCCAGUUAUUAAAACUGAUAUUUGGAAAUUGUAUUAUUCACGAAUGAAGCCAGAUGUGUCUGAAAAAGUCAUUAAUAACAGAUUCCAAUCAAAGCUGGCUCCAAUUAUACACCGUCUGGACAAUUAUAGCAUUGAGACUCGUGUUCGAAUUAUGUUCGUUAUGGGUGUUCCAGUGGAAGCUGGCUUUUUGAAAAAUCUUCGCAAAACCGCAGUGGUCCGUGUUGAUGAAAAUCAAAUGAUCACGAAAUAUGUAGCUUGUGCUGAUGAUGGUGGAUUGAAGCUCGAAGGAAAUCAUUCAAUGUCGGAUAAAUUGAAGAAUCGAAAGAAAAGUAUGGAUUGGGUUAAGGAGGAUGAUUCGGAGAAGAAAGAGGACGAGAAUGGUGACAAAAAGACGAAAAAGAGAUCGUCUACUUCCAGAAGACGUACACUCAGUGAUCAUCUUGAAGAUAGUGAUAAAGAGGAAAGAGCCAGCCGUUCAAAGACAAAAAUGCUGCGAAAAGACGAUGAAAAUGAGAAGAAGACCAAUGGCUCAGUGGACGAACGUGACGAAGAUGAUAUAGCUUUCCGUUCGAUAACGGAACGACAGCUGAAAGUUGCGGAAAAUGCUGAAAAUGGGAAGAAAGCUUCCGCCACCAAAAGACGUCUAGUGAGCAGUUCUUCUGACGAAAGUGACCAAGAGUCCAGAUCUACUCGAUCUACGACUAACAAGCAGCGAAAAAUUGCUGAAAAUGAGAAGAGAGCUUCUACACCCAGAGUUCGUAUUAUCAGUAUCUCUUCAGACGAAAGUGAUAAGGAGGAAGAACCAAGCUGCUCGAAUACUAAGAAGCAGGCGAAAAUGGCUGGAAAUGAGAGGAAAACUAUAGCCCCAGCAAGACGUUCAGUUGGCGACACCCCAAUCGAUAAUGAAAAAGAAGAGCGGGAAUGCCGUUCGAACACGAAAAAGCAGCGAAAAGUCGCUGAAAAUGAGAAAAACCCAUCCAAGCUCCGAAGACGUUUGCUGGAAGCUUCAUCCGACAAAAGUGACAAGGACGAGAGAACAAGCUGCCCAAGUUCCAAAAAACGACCAAAACUCGCUGAAAAUGAGAAGAACGCCGCUUCCCCACCCACAAGACAUCAACAGAAUGGCUCUAAGGACAAAAAUGAGAAGCCUGGUUGCUCGAGCACCAAGAAACAGCAAAAUGUCGUUGAAAAUGAGAAGAAAGCUCCAACUCCAAUUCCAAAGCCCGAUGGCCAGAAUAUCACUACUUCUAAUCAUUCUGGAAAUGAAAGUGAUGGUAUUGAAUUCGUCGGAGCAUAUGGACCUGAGCACGGCGUUCCUGUAUCCUCUGGAAUUCCGGCUCCUUCUGUGAAAAUUGAGCCAAUGAGCUUGACCUUUUCCAAUGACAACGUGGCAUACACGCAGGCGGAGGCCUCAUCUUCGUCUAAUUACCUUCCAAUACCAUAUCCACAACCAACAGGAACUAUUGGCCUACACGAAUUUUUUGAACUUUUGCGUCAUAUUCUUAUUCUGUUGGAACGUGAAGAGCUCUCGGAGCUCACGAAACAAAUCAAGACAAUCAUCGAAAAUGGAAGCGAUGAAAAAAUUCCAACGAAUCGAAUCAAUUCGGUGCUCGACGUGGCAUUCUACAAAAUUCAGCGAAAAUUCGUCGUGACAUCAUCAUCAUCAUCAUCGUUGCCCAAUUCGACGAGCGCUCGAGGAUUCUUGAAAAUUUUCAAAACGGUUCUGUAUUCGUUAGAAUCUCCAGAAGUCUAUGGGCUCUUGGAGCAAGUUAAAGAGAAAUUGGCCGAGUUGGAGCAUUUGGAUAUGAAUAUUUCAACUGCUCACAUUGAGGAAUGUGUCAAAGAAAUCCUCUCUAUCUUCUCAUAAUU